GGACGAGCGACCCGAGUGCAGACCUCAGCAAAACACGUCCUGUCCGAGUCAAACUGGAACAUAAUAUAACAGUGCAGUCCUGAAAAGUUCAGCUUAGAAACAGCACUGGUUAUGGCUACUUCUAUACUUGGGGAAGAGCCGCGUUUCGGAACUACCCCUCUGGCUAUGUUGGCUGCGACCUGUAAUAAAAUUGGCAACACAAGUCCUCUGACCACUUUACCUGACUCCAGCGCGUUUUCCAAAGGCGGAUUUCAUCCGUGGAAAAGAUCUUCGUCCAGUUGCAACUUGGGCUCCAGUUUGCCUGGAUUCAGCGUGGCGACGAGCCGCAGCACAUCUGGACUAACAACCAGCACGGGCACGAACAAUAGCGCGUUUUGCCUGGCAUCCACCUCACCAACUUCCUCCGCGUUCUCCACCGAGUACAGCAGCUUGUUUUCCAACUCGGCGAGUGUUUCCUCGCAAGAAUCCGGACAGUCUGCAUUCAUUUCCAAAGUACACACUUCUGCCGAUACUCUGUACCCACGAGUGGGCAUGGCGCACCCGUACGAAUCGUGGUACAAGUCUGGCUUUCACUCCACGAUCUCAGGCGAGGUGGCCAACGGCGCGUCCUCGUGGUGGGAUGUGCACACAAAUCCAGGCUCAUGGCUCGAGGUGCAAAAUCCAGCUGGCACGCUUCAGAGCUCGCUGCAUACGGGCACACCGCAGGCCAUUCACUCCCAGCUCGGCGGCUACAACCCCGACUUCUCGAGCCUCACACACUCGGCUUUCAGUUCGACUGGCAUCAGCCCAACGGCGUCCCACCUCCUGUCCACCAGCCAGCACCUGUUGACGCAGGACGGGUUCAAAACCGUCAUACCAACGUACACGGACACUUCGGCGGCCAAUGCCAUGAUAUCUGGUGCCAGUUCAGGAAUCGGGAGCUCGUCUAGAUCCUCCAGGAGAUACUCGGGCAGAGCGACGUGCGACUGCCCGAACUGCCAGGAGGCAGAAAGGCUUGGGCCUGCCGGUGCCAGUUUGCGCAGAAAAGGACUCCACAGUUGCCACAUCCCAGGCUGUGGCAAAGUCUACGGCAAAACAUCUCACCUCAAAGCGCACCUCAGAUGGCACACCGGAGAAAGGCCCUUCGUGUGCAACUGGCUUUUUUGCGGAAAACGCUUCACCAGAUCCGACGAGCUCCAGAGGCACCUUCGAACCCACACGGGAGAGAAAAGAUUUGCGUGCCCGGUGUGCAACAAGCGCUUUAUGAGAAGCGACCACCUGAGCAAGCAUAUCAAAACGCAUACUGCCGGAGGUGGGGGCAAAAAAGGCAGCGACAGUGACACCGACACAAGUAACCUGGAGACCCCCAGGUCCGAGUCGCCGGAACUGAUUUUGGAAGGUGUAAACCCGAGGGUCACGGUCAAAGAGCAGUCUCCUCUUCACGAGUCCUGAGCUGCCUGAUCCUGCCAACAUGCGAAUGACAUUAAAAUGCUAUCGAUACAAAAAAAAACGUCUCUCCAAAAACCUGGUAGGUUAUAAAUAAAGGACAAAGACACGGGUCAGGAGUUGGAUGGACUGUCUUGGUGACACUUUAGGCUUUUUUGAAAUAGGAAUAACAAGGCUUUUUUUUUAUUAAAGGUCAAUAUGAUUGGUAAAAUCAUUAUUACAAAACUAAAAUUGAUUAGACCUAUUUCACGUUUCAGGCCGGUUACUAAAAUGUGUUCAGAAAGUUGAUUUUCAGUUUCGAUCGAUGCGCAGGAAAAAAAAAAGAAAAAAAAAAAGUGAAUCCAUCUGAACACGGCUGGAAAACAGUUGAGCUAAACGGUGUAGAUAUAUUGACAAAAUAACAUGAUAUUUUCCCUGUAAAUGUUCCUUAUUACUGUUUCGUGGUGGAUCCUGAAAUUCAGGGAGUUUUCUUUACUUUCGACGCACUUUGUGGAUGUCAGUAUGUAUGUAACACAGCUAUUUAAAAUUCAGUUACUCCUUUCUUUACCUUGCUAAAAAAAUAUAUAAAUGUUUAAUUGUAAAGUCUCGCGUAUAAGGCUUUCAUUUUGUAAUUAAAGGUAUUUAAAAUCAAACGCUAUUUGGUUGUUGUUUUGAUGCACACAAGUAAAAUUGAGUUUAUUAUUAUUAUUAUUAUUAUUAUUAUUAUUAUUAUUAUUUAAUUUCGAUUUUAUUUUAACGUCAGACAAUAAUUAGACCAUUCCUUAAAUAUCUUUAACGUUUACUCAGAUCUAUUGAAAGUUAUUUGGUGUUUCCAAAGUGUCCGUUUGUAAAUACUAUAUCAAUAAUGCAUUUCUUAUGCGGAACGUAAAUCAACACAAUUUCCCAGUGGAAUAAAUCAAUAGUUAAUGCCCCGGAACAGGCAUUUUACGCCCAAAUGAAAAUCUUGUUAAAUAGUGUUAAUUAUGAUUGGAGCACAUCGCAGCCCCAUGUGUCUUGUAUCUGCGAUUAGGGAUUCGUGUCUUAUCAAAUAUCUAAUUAAUAUCCGAGACAUCAUUUGUUCACCCGCUCUUUAUCAGCGCUUUUCCGAGGGGGUUCGGUGACAAAAGGGGCUCUGAAUAUUUAUUUUAAUCGGUCGAAUUAACUGCCUACAUUUGCAUGUCAAACGGAAAAUGUCCAUUUAAGAGAAGGCUAUGGUAUAAAGCAGCUUUUAGCCUUUAUAAGCGCAGCACUUGAUUGGUGUUAUGGGAAGAUUUUUUUUUCUUCCUCUUUUUCCUAGAUGCCACUUUUGAGAAGGAAAAUGGGAAAAGCCAUAUGCAAAUCGUGAUUUUAAAAUGCUCUUGUUGCGGUGCAGUCAAAUGGUCGCUUGGGUGUUAUUUGAAUAUCAGUGGCCGUGUACUGAAAGGGUUCAAGGAUGCUCUCUGACUCCUUUGUGUUUAUCCAGUGCAGCGUCCGAUCUGAAAGAAAGAAGCCGCGGUAUAAUUAGGCUGCAGCUCAGCCUGGGAACUGGUGAGGGCUUCACGUCUCAGCCGGGAGAAGCGCCUUGUGGGGAGGAAGUUAAAUUGACCAGAAGGCAAUAGACGAAAAUUAUUUUUCAUUUCCCCAGUAAGGGUCGUAAACGCAAUACCCUUAGCAAAACACACAGAAAAUAAAUCGUUCCAUUUAUCAGAUAAAUUGACAUUUUGCAGGUUGGAAACAGCGUGCAAUAUACAAUACAAUACAAUAAAUAAAGGAAAAAACUAUACAAUCGAGUUGGCAUCUAAUUCUAAGUGUUUUGUCGUAUAAACAAAAAUUGCUGUGAGAACGCUUUAUUUUAAUAAACACCAGGUGUCUGAAUUUGAUUUUCAGCCUGUCUUUAUUUUAAUGUCGGACACCCAAUUUUUAUUGCGGACACUGCAAAAAAUAUGGGCUGCGGAAAUGAGCGCUGUUUGGGCGUAAAGGCAUUCAUAAGCACACUUUACAAUUAUAUGGUCUCAUUAAGAUUUACAAACGGGAGAGUAUAGCCGGACGAGAAUGAAUCAUUGAGAGGUGGCGGCUCGCCCGCGGUCCUGGACACAGAGCGCCGUCACUCAGCGCUUUGUUCCGCUUUGGCGGAAUGCGCUCUUGCUGAGAAAGAGGCGAAAAGUCAAGCUUUGUUUGCGAACCACAAUAAAGACAGAUCAAAGCGCCGCGGUCUGUGCGGGAUACACGCAGGAUGAGCACCAUAUCACUGAUCAAGGAGCUCACACCGCUCUCCUCACCAGUCCAGGGUCAAAAGAGGUGUCCAUAAAUAUAGAUAAAUAUAGACCAUGUUCUAAAUAUUAGAUUCGGUCAUCGAUUUUAUGACAACAAAUUUCUUAUAUGGCAAAUUAUUAUUAAUAUAUACUACUGUCAUUAUUAUUAUUAUUAUUAUUAUGAUGCUUUCUAAGCAAAGGAACCUCCUACUUGUAUCCCUGGAACAGCCUGUUUUUACCUCCCUAUGAGAUUUCUACAUUAUAGAAACCACCCCAAUCCUGUAAUUCAUUCAAAACAACUAACAAUGAAUUGAACUUUUAUAUGUCUGGCUUUAUUUCAGUGCAGGUACAUUUCCAUGAAAAUAAGUUCACUGGGUCAGUUCUAUAAUAGGCGGCAUUUUCGAUUUGAACAGGAAGCUAUUUCAGUGCUUUCAGGAAAGACAUUUGCACUUGAGUGUUUUGAUGCUGCUUUAAGUAGUUCUAGUGUGCGUUUUCUGAUUAAAGUGGAAGAACAACGGUGAAUAUCGACCAACUUGUCUAGCACAACUCCACAAGAUGAAGGUAAAAAUGAUUAUAUUUAUAUAUAUAUUAAAAAAAAACCUUUUCCUAAAAAGCUUUGCCUUCUAGAGAGCAUUUUUUGUGAACAACACUGAUGACGUACAAGUGCACAUCAUCGUGUUAAGGAGCUCUAAGCGUUCUCAGCGCUCAGCAUUUCCUCACCAGGGUCAGAGCUGAUUUCAAGCUCAUUCCCCAACAUGAAGGUCAGGAAAAAGUCCAAAACACCUGAAGCAUAUUUAAACACGGUACACUGGUGUGUUUUGCAAAGCAGAAAAAUAAUGUAUUAGAGUUGUACAUUUUUAAAUAAAAUUAAAACCUGGAGACAUUUUAAUGCUCAAAGAGAUUUGUUGGUCACAAAUUGCAAAAAUAAAUUAUACAAGCUCAUAUAUUUGUUUUCUCUUAUUAUUAUUAUGGUUGGCUCACGGACAUGAAAUGGAAACCAAUGAAAUUAAACAAACAAAAACUUGUCUUGCAGCAGAUUAAACAUGAACUAGAAACCCUGUGAUUAUUUCAGUCAUUCACGGUGCAAUUUUGCUGGAAACAUAUCAAACAUUAAAUUAAACAAUGGAUGAGAUAUAAUAUGCUAAAAUAGCGAACUGUCUACGAAACUCCUGCGGUUAAAUCAAUGAACUUCAAAGGAUAAUGUCAGUGAAUGAUGGCUGUAGGAAUUUCCUAUGGUUCCUCGUUAAAAGACCUGCCGAGUCUGAAAGCCAAAACAUCUGAAUUACUGUAAAACAUAUGUCUGAUUACUGAGCUGGAUAUUGUCUUAUGAUCAAAUCGAAAAAGUAAAACACUGUGCAGCAGCUAAAACACUUUACAAGAACGAAUGAAAAAAAUACUUUAAAGCUUUCAUCGAUUACCAUAAAGAAUCUUAGCGCCCUCUUCUGGUAAAUAAAAAAAGUUUUUUUUUAUCAUAAAAUGAAAGAAAAACAAUUCAGACACAAAAUCCACAUUUACUACACCAAUACAUACUCUGAAUUGAUUGAAUUAAAACAUUUCAGGAAGAAAAAAAAAAACAGGUCAUUGUGUGUCCAGUAUACUUUUACAUUGAAAAUAAAAUUGUAAAUUACAGCAAUAGGCAAAAUGUUAUUUCAG